CUGGCCCCAAGCUUCCCAUAGGCAGGUGUGGUCUCCUUGGAACAGCAAGAACCCUAAGGAAGAGAUUCAUUCUGAUUACUGUCCCUUAAAUGAAGACCAGGCUCCCCUCCCCCUGGCCCCACAGCUGUCUCUGGACAGAGGGAAGGGGAAGUGGCCAGAAGGGGAAGUAAGAGUUCCUGUCCAGCCUGUCACCAGUCUCUCCGUGACUUCAAAACAGCCGUGCCCAUGGAGUCCUUGGAGACCCCUGUCAAGGAUGGCAUCCUCUACCAGCAGCAUGUCAAGUUCGGCAAGAAAUGCUGGCGGAAAGUGUGGGCUCUGCUGUAUGCAGGCAGCCCAUCGGGCGUGGCUCGGCUGGAAAGCUGGGAUGUUCGUGAUGCUGGCCUGGGGCCAGCAGGUGACAGAGCCACAGGGCCUAGCCGUCGAGGUGAACGCCGAGUCAUACGCUUGGCUGACUGUGUGUCGGUCCUGCCGGCGGAUGGUGAGAGCUGCCCUAAGGACACUGGUGCCUUCCUUAUCACCACCACCGAGCGAGUCCACCUGAUGGCCGCACAACACCGCCAGUCAUGGAUGGGUCCCCUCUGCCAGCUGGCUUUCCCGGGCACUGGAGAAUGUUCUUCAGGAUCAGGACAGGCUGAGACUCCAAAAAGGGGCUUUGUUUCCAUGGAGGAAAACUCUAUCUACUCCUCCUGGCAGGAAAUGGGUGAGUUUCCUGUGGUGGUGCAGAGGACAGAGGCCACCUCCCGCUGCCAGCUGAAAGGACCCUACAUCCUGGUGCUGGGCCAGGAUGACAUCCAGCUACGGGAGACUUCCAGCCCCCAGGCCUGCUAUAGCUGGCCCUACCGUUUUCUGCGCAAGUUCGGCUCUGACAAGGGUGUGUUCUCCUUUGAGGCUGGCCGCCGCUGUGACUCAGGCGAGGGUCUUUUUGCCUUCAGUAGUCCAUGUGCCCCAGAAAUAUGUGGAGCUGUGGCUGCUGCCAUCACCCGCCAACGGGAGCGUCUUCCAGAGCUGACCAUGUCUGCCCCCUGCCCCCUCCCUCGGGCCCUCUCCCUGCCCUCCCUAGAGCCCCCUGGAGAGCUUCGGGAGAUGGCCCCAGGAUUCGAACCGGCCACUUCCAGAAAGCUGCCUAUAACUGACCCUGGGCCUCAAAGCCUGCCACUGCUGCUCAGCCCCACACAAGAAGGAGCAGUGUCCAGUCUCUAUGCGUCUGUGUGCAAGCAGACCAGCAAGCCCACAGCCACCGUGGAGCACCUCUAUGAGAACCUGUGCAUGCUGGAGGCCAGCCCCGGGCUGUCCAAUGGGGGCUCUGAGUCCCAAGAGGGCCCUCCUGAUGCCCGCAGCCCCCUGGGCAGCCCCAUCUAUCACAACAGUGAGGACCUGAGUUGGCCUGGCUCGGUCCCUGACAGCAGCCUGGAAGCUCAGUACCGCAGGCUGUUAGAGCUGGAACUGGAUGAUGCUGGAGGUACUGGCCGCUCUGGUGCACAGUCAGGCAUCAAAGCCAAGCUGGUAACCCUGCUGACUCGGGAACGGAAGAAGGGUCCUGCUCCCUGUGACCGGCCCUAAUGGCCUAUGCAGUGGCAGCAGGACAGGGGUAAUCUGCCAGAAACCAAAGAGAGCAACUUCGAGCAUAUCCCCUGUCCACUCUGACCUUCAGGGACAAGCCAGGCAGCCUGGGGAGGAGCCACAAGCUGCCCUACCUACUUCCAGUGGACCCUGUACAGAUUGACCAGUAAUAAAGCUUGCCUAGCGACUUC